AUGGCUCACACCGUGCUGUUAGUGCAGGCGAGCGAACUCGAGACCAGACAGUACUCCGAUUAUGACAAUCUCCCGGACGCUCUUCAGGGCGUGUGUCAUAUGUUUGAACAGCACCUGAAGAAGUCGUUCCCGAAGAAUACGGAGAUUCAAUACGAUUUGUCGCAACUCUUCGCAUACAUCGAUGAGUUAACUGAUGUCAAUCUUCUGGUGUGGCAACGAUUCAGCCAUUCGUACGUUCCCUACAAUAAAGAGUGGAUUAAAGAGAAACUCUAUAUUAUGUUAAGANCGGAGAUUCAAUACGAUUUGUCGCAACUCUUCGCAUACAUCGAUGAGUUAACUGAUGUCAAUCUUCUGGUGUGGCAACGAUUCAGCCAUUCGUACGUUCCCUACAAUAAAGAGUGGAUUAAAGAGAAACUCUAUAUUAUGUUAAGAGAGGACAACAACAAAGAGGAGCCGUCGGCCACCACAGCCACCAAUGGUGUGGUCGACAUGAAUGGCAUUCAGUGA